GAAAGGGGGUGGCUGGCUUUCUUCCCAUUCUCAUAUCCAAGGCACUGGUUACUGACGGAAGAGGCUGGGUCAAAGCAGCCAGACACUUCCAUGUCCUGGAGCCACUAGACAGGCCAGCCCCUCUUUGGAAUGGAAUCUUCUGGAGUUCUGAACAUUUUCAUGCUAUUCAUUCUCUUUGUGAAUGUCCAGGAAACUGUUCUCCGGUACUCUUCAGGCAAAUGCCCCAGAAUCAGAGAACAAUGUGAAUUCAAAGAAAGGGAUCUGUGCGCAAAGAACAGCCAGUGCCAAGACAAUAAGAAGUGUUGUGUCUUCAGCUGUGGACGAAAGUGUUUAGACCUCCAAGAAGAUGUGUGCAGUCUGCCAAAAGAAACAGGCCUCUGCAUGGCUGCUUUUCGGCGUUGGUGGUAUAACAAGGAAAAUAAUACCUGCGACAUCUUCAUCUAUGGUGGCUGCCAGGGAAACAAUAACAACUUCCAAACCAAAUCCAUCUGCCAGAGUUUCUGCAAAAGAAAAGAUCUCUUCUCGCAAGGAUAAGGACACACUGGAACAACCACCAGGAUUUGGCUCCUGCUCCACACUCUGUGUGCACCUGACUGAGGCUCCAGGUGGGCUUCCGCUGCUCCACUCCCAGCACUCUAAGAAGAGUAUGGCUCUUCCCAACAGUGAACUCUAGGACUGCCUCCCUCUCCUUCAUCCCCACCUCUUUUCAUGCAGAGCAUCUUCUGUUUGGAUUUCAUCUCUAUGCGUGCUCACCCCUGCAUCUCCAUCUUCUAGUUCCCUGGUUGUCGCUCAGAAGCUCCUAUUUUUUUCCAAUAAAGUACUUGAUUUAGUCCUAUGA